AUGGCCUUUUUUAACAACUCAAACCAAACGGGUACACCGUCCACGCUAGCUACUGAAAAUGACCUUGCUAAGGACAUAGUGAUACAAAAUCCUGCAGAUGACUCGGUAUCAGAUAUAGCAUUUUCCCCGCAACAGGAUUUUAUGUUUUCUGUGAGUUCUUGGGAUGGGAAGGUUAGAAUAUGGGAUGUACAGAGCGGCACAGCUCAAGGUCGUUCACAAUAUGAACACGCAGCUCCCGUUUUGUCGACAAGGUGGAGUAACGAUGGGACUAAAGUAGCAUCUGGGGGCUGUGAUAAUGCCAUUAAGAUUUUCGAUGUUGCUACUGGUCAAUCCCAGCAACUCGGGUUGCACGACGCUCCAGUCAAAGCAGUUAGGUUUGUCAACUGUGGCCCUACAAAUACUGAGAUGCUUGUAACUGGCUCGUGGGACAAGUCGAUCAAGUACUGGGAUUUCAGGCAGCCGCAACCUGUAUCAACAGUUAUUAUGCCAGAUAGGGUAUACGCCAUGGACAACAAACAACAAUUAUUGGUAGUUGGUACAGCCGAAAGACACAUAGCGGUGAUCAAUUUGAAUAACCCGGGCGUCAUAUUCAAGGCAACUCAAUCUCCACUGAAAUGGCAAACAAGAUCCAUUGCAUGCUAUAACGAGGGAGAUGGAUAUGCAGUUGGCUCUGUUGAAGGUAGGUGCGCCAUCAAGUAUGUGGACGAUGAAGUUCAGAAAAAAAGUGGCUUUUCAUUCAAAUGUCAUCGUCAAACAAACCCAAACCGAGCCGCUGGAACCCAAUCACAAGCAAUGGUUUACCCAGUGAACAGUAUAGCAUUCCAUCCUAUAUAUGGUACAUUUGCAACGGCAGGUGGUGACGGUACUUUCCAUUUUUGGGAUAAAAUUCACAGGCAUAGACUAAGAGCUUUCCCUUCCAUGCAGGCUUCUAUUCCAGUCGUCAAUUUCAACAGAAACGGUAGCGUUUUUGCAUACGCUUUAAGCUAUGAUUGGCAUCAAGGUUAUAUGGGGAAUACGCCAAAUUAUCCAAAUGUAAUAAGGCUUCACCCAACAGCAGAAAACGAGGUCAAAGAAAAGGAGAAGAGGUAA